GAUGGAACAGGCAGAGCAUUUGUUUACGGGAUUCUCAAACGGAGUCACUGUGUCAACUUAGCUGACCAGACACCAGAUAGUUCACGGCAUGGAUAAAUUAUUCACCAGCUCGCAGUGUGGGCAGGGAUUCACUCAAGCUUCCCACCAAGCGGCCCACCAGCAAGAUCAAACUGUGGUGAAACCACUUGCCUGUUCCGAUUGUGGGAAUGGAUCCACUCAAGCAAGCCAUCUGAAGGGACACCAGCAAAUUCACACUGGGGAGAGGCCGUUCACCUGCUCCGAGUGUGCAAAGAGGUUCACUAAUUCUUCCAGUCUGGUGGCCCACCAACGGAUUCACACUGGAAAGAAACCAUUUCCCUGUCCCGAUUGUGGGAAGGCAUUCACUCGAGCAAACAACCUCCAAAGGCACCAGCAAAUCCACACCGGAGAGAGGCCGUUCAUAUGUUCUGAGUGCGGGAAGGGAUUCAUUCAAUCCGUUGAGCUACUGAGACACCAGCAUGUUCACACUGGGGACAGGCCGUUCACCUGUUGUGAGUGUGGGAAGGGAUUCAUUCAAUCUUCCCACCUGGGGACCCAUCAGCGAAUUCACAGCGUGAAGAGACUGUUCACCUGUUGUGAGUGUGGGAAGGGAUUCAUUCAAGCAUGCAACCUGAAGAGGCACCAGCUAACUCACACCGGGGAGAAGCCAUUCACCUGCUCUGAGUGUGGGAAAAGAUUCACUGAUUCAUCUGAGUUACAGAGGCACUUCAGAAUUCACACCGGGGAGAAGCCAUUCACCUGCUCUGAGUGUGGGAAGGGAUUCAGUCAAUCUUCCAACCUGCGGACCCAUCUGCGAAUUCACAGCGUGGAUAAAUCAUUUGCCUCUUCCAACUGUGGAACGACGAAUGCUGAGCCGGUGAUUUCAGAUCAUUUCCAUGGCGCCGGCUUUACCCAGAAACCUCCGCGCGCUGGAACUCGCCCUAUGUUGCAGGCGACACCAAGCGCGCAGGCGCCGUGCGGCCAAGGCGACCAUGCGGUCCGUGGACAAAAGACUCCGGAGGAUCGGCGGCGGGUAGGAGCGGGGAUCCGGGCGCGGGAUCAGUCAACACCGAGGCCCGGCCUGAGGAGCGGCCCCCGGCUGCGGGGAGAAUCGGUGCGGUCCCUCGGGGACACGGUGCCCCGUCACGUGCUGGUCCUUCUCCUCUCCCUCCGGGCCCCGGGGAGUUUCCCGCCCAUCAGUGACGCUGCUGACGGCGGCCGAACCAGGCGACGCAUGCGCAACGAUUGCUCGGUGACGGAUAGACCGGUUUCUGGCUCGCGGGGUGUUGUGGGUAAAGACAGGGCCAUUGUUCACACACCGGCGAUUCACUGCCGAUCCGCAGAGGGUGUGCGGCAGGGCAAACAUGGAUUCCCCGGCCCCCUAAGGCUGACCAGACACCAGAUAGUUCACGGCAUGGAUAAAUUAUUCACCAGCUCGCAGUGUGGGCAGGGAUUCACUCAAGCUUCCCACCAAGCGGCCCGCCAGCAAGAUCAAACUGUGGUGAAACCACUUGCCUGUUCCGAUUGUGGGAAUGGAUCCACUCAAGCAAGCCAUCUGAAGGGACACCAGCAAAUUCACACUGGGGAGAGGCCGUUCACCUGCUCCGAGUGUGCAAAGAGGUUCACUAAUUCUUCCAGUCUGGUGGCCCACCAACGGAUUCACACUGGAAAGAAACCAUCCUGUCCCGAUUGUGGGAAGGCAUUCACUCGAGCAAACAACCUCCAAAGGCACCAGCAAAUCCACACCGGAGAGAGGCCGUUCAUAUGUUCUGAGUGCGGGAAGGGAUUCAUUCAAUCCGUUGAGCUACUGAGACACCAGCAUGUUCACACUGGGGACAGGCCGUUCACCUGUUGUGAGUGUGGGAAGGGAUUCAUUCAAUCUUCCCACCUGGGGACCCAUCAGCGAAUUCACAGUGUGAAGAGACUGUUCACCUGUUGUGAAUGUGGGAAGGGAUUCAUUCAAGCAUGCAACCUGAAGAGGCACCAGCUAACUCACACCGGGGAGAAGCCAUUCACCUGCUCUGAGUGUGGGAAAAGAUUCACUGAUUCAUCUGAGUUACAGAGGCACUUCAGAAUUCACACCGGGGAGAAGCCAUUCACCUGCUCUGAGUGUGGGAAGGGAUUCAGUCAAUCUUCCAACCUGCGGACCCAUCUGCGAAUUCACAGCGUGGAUAAAUCAUUUGCCUCUUCCAACUUGGGAUAGGAUUUCAAUCGUAAAUCUAACCUGGUGACCCGCCAGAUAAUUCAUGCUGGGGAGAAGCCAUUCACCUGUCUUGUGCCUGGGAAGGGAUUCAUUCGAAUAUCUGGGCUAUUGGCACACCAGCUCAUUCACACUGAGUGGAAAGUUGAAAUACAUUUUUUGUUUUCAUGUUACAGCACCAGAAGCUGUGCCACUAAACCUCCGCGCGCUGGAACUCGCCCUAUGUUGCAGGCGACACCAAGCGCGCAGGCGCCGUGCGGCCAAGGUGAUCAUGCGGUCCGUGGACAAAAGACUCCGGAGGAUCGGCGGCGGGUAGGAGCGGGGAUCCGGGCGCGGGAUCAGUCAACACCGAGGCCCGGCCUGAGGAGCGGCCCCCGGCGGCGUGAUCGCAUCGAAUGCACAGACAUGCAGAGUGUUUGUGUACCAAAAUCUCAAGUUUGUUCAGCUGAACAGCACCUCAACGCGUGGGAGGGAUUGAUUGUGUCAGCUGAGCCGACGAGGGCCAGCAUGGAGAAAUUGUUCACCACGUCUGAGGCAGGGCAGGGAUUCAGCCAAUCUUCGCACCUGGUGACUCUCCACCAAGAUCACCCUGUGAGUAAACCAUUUGCCUGUCCAGAUUGUGGGAAGGGAUUCACUCAAUCAUGGCACCUGAAGAGACACCAGCGGCUUCACACUGGAGAGAGACCAUUCACCUGCUCGGAGUGCGGGAAGGGAUUCACUAAUUCAUCUGCAUUGUUGAGACACCAGAUGAUCCACACAGGUGAUAGGCCGUACACCUGCCCUGUGUGUAACAAGGGAUUCCUUCAUUCGGUGGCAUUAGUGAACCACCAGAGAAUUCACACUGGGGAGAGGCCAUUCACCUGUUCUGAUUGUGGGAAAGGAUUCGCUCAAUCAACUGCAUUAAUGGCGCACCAUAAGAUUCACACCGGCGAGAGGCCAUUCACUUGUUCUGUGUGCGGGAAGGGAUUCAUUCAAACAAGUAACCUGAAGAGGCACCUGCUACUUCACACUGGGGAGAGGCCAUUCACCUGUUCUCAGUGUGGGAAGGGAUUUACUCAUUCAUCUGCGUUGUUGAGACACCAGAUGGUUCACACCGGAGAGAGGCCACACACCUGCUCUGUGUGUAGCAAGCGAUUCUUUCAUUCAGUUGCAUUAGCGAACCACCAGAGAACUCACACUGGAGAGAGGCCAUUCACCUGCUCUUAUUGUGGCAAGAGAUUCACUCAGUCAACCAGCAUGAUAACACAUCAGAGAAUUCACACCGGAGAGAAGCCGUUCACCUGCUCUGAGUGUGGGAAAGGAUUUGGACGAUCUUACACCCUGAAGACCCACCAGCGAGUUCACGCUGUGGAGCAACCAUUUGCUUCUCCCAACUGUGGAUAGCGUUUCACUGAUGAAUGUAAACUGGUGAAACACCAGAUAUUUAACAAUGGAGCCAUGGCAUUCACUUGUUUCGUGUGUGCGAAGGGUUCCACUUGAGUAUUUGAGAUAUUGACACACCAACUCGUUUACAUGGUGAGAGUGGGGGAGGUGGGUAGUCAUAGAAUGAUAGAGUGGAAACAU